AUGUCAGAUCCAAUUGGCACAGAACAACAGGAUGUGGCUGUGGACCCUGCCGCCACAACCCCAGCUCCUCCACUGACUGCUCCUGAAACUACAACACCAGUUCAGACCCCUUCGGCUGAUGUGUUUCAGAAGGAGGAUGCUUCACAUGCAAAUUCAAAUGUCGAGGAGACACCAGCACCUGAAAAGCCAUUGUCCCCUCCCAACCCUUCGCCCUCGCCAGAGAAACAUAAGUUAGACGACGAUGCUGGACAGGAUGAAGCUUCGAAAAAGUUGAAGACGGAGGGUGAACAGGCUAGUUACCAGGCUGACACUUCCAAGAUGGAGCCCGCUCCAAAGCCCCCUCCAGAGCCCGACAUGACCAAACUUCCCGCUAACCCUAUCCCCAAGCAUCAAAAUAAGUUUGCGCAUAACACAAUUAAGGCUAUCAAAAGAUUGAAAGAUGCCGGUCCUUUUGUCCACCCUGUUGAUAUUAUCAAGUUGAACAUUCCAUUCUACUACAAUUUCAUCACGAGGCCCAUGGAUCUUUCUACUAUUGAACGUAAGCUUUCGGUCAACGCAUACGAUGAUCCACAGCAAAUUGUCGAUGAUUUCAAUCUUAUGGUGGACAACUGUAUUAAAUUCAAUGGUGAAUCUUCCGGUAUCUCUCGCAUGGCAAAGAACAUCCAGGCUCAGUUUGAGAAGCACAUGCUCAACAUUCCCCCCAAGGUGCUUGCGGCCAACGGCCACUCUAACAACACUGGUGCUGCUUCCAGAAGACGCAACGUUAUUGUGAGUGACGACCCAAAAACCGAGUCGGUGGCUGCCCACAGACCCAAGAGAACCAUUCAUCCUCCAAAGUCCAAGGAAUUGCCAUACGAUGUGAGACCAAGAAAGAAGAAGUACGCCGCUGAGUUGCGUUUCUGUAACCAGGUUAUCAAGGAGUUGACAUCCAAAAAACUCUACAAUAUUAACUUCCCCUUCCUUCAACCUGUUGAUCCCGUUGCAUUGAACAUUCCUCAUUACCAUGAAGUUGUGAAGACCCCUAUGGACCUUGGCACAAUCCAGUCCAAUCUCGCUAACAACAAGUACGAGAAUGCUGAUGAUGUCGAAAGAGAUGUCAGACUAGUUUUCUCAAACUGUUACUUGUUCAAUCCAGAUGGCACGGAUGUGAACACCAUGGGACGUCGUCUUGAGAGCUACUUCGACAAGAAAUGGGCCGCCAAGCCUGUUCCCGCUCCAUCGCCCGUCAACUCUGAUGGCGAGUAUGACAGUGAUGAUUACGAGGAUGAUGAGGGUGAGGUCAAUGAGGCAAUGUUGUCAAGUAUCCCUGCAAUUUCUUUCAUGGAGAACCAGUUGAAGAGAAUGAAGGCUGAGCUCGAAGAGUUGAAGAGAACUGAGCUCGAAAAGUUGAAGGCCUCUCGCAGAAAGAAGAAGAAGACCAAGAAGACUAAGAAGGCUAGGUCCAACUCUAUCGCUGACGGUCGUGCUGACGACCAGCCUAUCGUUACUUACGAAAUGAAGAAGCAGGUCAGUGAAGUUGUUCCUACCUUGAACGACAAGAAGUUGCAGGCUUUGAUCAAGAUCAUUAAGGAUGACGUUGUCAUCAGUGACGAGGAGGAAGUUGAGCUUGACAUGGACCAGCUCGAGGACCGCACUGUCUUGAAGCUUUACGACUUCUUGUUCGGCAAAAAAGCUGCUUCUAACGCCAUGACCAAGGCUAAGAAGUCCACAUACUCUUCCGGUAACAUUGACCAGCUCGAGCAGUUGAAAUCACAACUCCAGUUGUUUGAUGAUGCUGAAAGAUCAAACGGAGGCUCUCACUUACCAGCCUCCACGUUCGACCUCAACAGUAUCCCUGCCCAGGAGUCUUCUGAUGACGAUGCUUCUUCAGAAUCUUCUGAGGAAGAAGAACUCGUUAGACAUUACAACGCCGACAUCGUGUAUACCCCUAUGAUCCUAGCAAGAGAGUUUGUCAGAAACGACAUAGCUCGAAUCAGUGACUUCUCCACAAAUCUCAAAGAUACACCCGUUAUAGUCCAAGUUGGUUGCAACAACGUCAACGAUCUUCUCAAGUUUGUCGAGAUGAUGCACCCAUACGUUGAUGGAAUCGGCCUCAACUGCGGUUGCCCAAUCCGUGAACAAGUUCGUGAAGGUAUCGGAGCAGCUUUGAUGUCUGAGCCUGAUCUUGUAGCCGAAAUGGUCAAAGCAGUCAAGGAUAAAUACGGCGACAAGGUAUGCAUCGAGACCAAAAUCAGAAUUCAUAGCGACUUAAGCGAAACCGAGAGAUUCGUGAAAAAGGUGGAAAGCGCUGGCGUGGACUUCAUCACGGUUCAUGGACGGACUAAAUCGACUCGUUCAUCUCAGCCUGCAAACUUGGAUGCAAUCAAACUCGUGAAGGACACCGUCAAAGUGCCCGUUGUCGCUAAUGGUGACUGCUUCACCCAUGAAGACUUUGAAAGAAUCGCAGAAUACACAGGAGUUGACGGAGUAAUGGCAGUUCGUGGUGCAUUAGCCAACCCUGCAAUCUUUGCAAAACACAAAACGGCACCUUGGUCUGCAGUGGAGAUCUUCUUUGAUCUUGCUCUCAGCUAUGGUUUGCCAUAUCGCAUCACUCAGCAUCAUCUUUCGGAAAUGUUCAGCGCCAUGAUCCCUAGGCUGUACGUGAAGGAGAUGAAUGAGAUACCAAACCUUAUAGAUCUCAUCGACUGGUUAGACCAGCACUUCAUCCUCAAACGUAGAGGUGAAGAUGGCUUUGGAACGGACGACAACGUUCCUUGGAAACACUCAGCAUAG